AUGGAACGGAAACCCGUGGUUGACCUUGCUGACGGACAAGGACAAAACUUGGUUACCUUCAUAGAGUUGUCCCGAAUGUGUCAGGAUAGUUUCAAUGAACCAAAAUCCACACCAUUCCAGUGUCAGGAUAGUUUCAAUGGACCAAAACCCGCACCAUUCCCGUGUCAGGAUAGUUUCAAUAAAGCAAAAACCAUACCAUUCCCGUGUCAGGAUAGUUUUAAUGAACCAAGGCCCACAUCAUUCCAGUGUCAGGAUAGUUUUAAUGAACCAAAACCCACACCAUUCCGGUGUCAGGAUAGUUUCAAUGAACCAAAACCCGCACCAUUCCCGUGUCAGGAUAGUUUUAAUGAACCAAAACCCACACCAUUCCCGUGUCAGGAUAGUUUUAAUGAACCAAGGCCCACACCAUUCCAGUUUCAGGAUAGUUUCAAUGAACCAAGGCCCACACCAUUCCAGUGUCAGGAUAGUUUCAAUGAACCAAAACUCACACCAUUCCAGUGUCAGGAUAGUUUUAAUGAACCAAGGCCCACACCAUUCCAGUGUCAGGAUAGUUUCAAUGAAACUAGACCAACACCAUUCCCGUGUCAGGAUAGGUUCAAUGAACCAAAACCCACACCAUUCCCGUGUCAGGAUAGUUUUAAUGAACCAAGGCCCCACCAUUCCAGUGAUAGUUUUAAUGAACCAACACCCACACCAUUCCCGUGUCAGGAUAGUUUUAAUGAACCAAAACCCACACCAUUCCCGUGUCAGGAUAGUUUUAAUGAACCAAGGCCCACACCAUUCCAGUGUCAGGAUAGUUUCAAUGAACCAAAACCCACACCAUUCCAGUGUCAGGAUAGUUUUAAUGAACCAAGGCCCACACCAUUCCAGUGUCAGGAUAGUUUUAAUGAACCAAAACCCACACCAUUCCCGUGUCAGGAUAGUUUCAAUGAACCAAAACACACACCAUUCCAGUGUCAGGAUAGUUUUAAUGAACCAAGACCCACACCAUUCCAGUGUCAGGAUAGUUUUAAUGAACCAAAACCCACACCAUUCCCGUGUCAGGAUAGUUUCAAUGAACCAAAACCCACACCAUUCCCGUGUCAGGAUAGUUUCAAUGAACCAAAACCCACACCAUUCCCGUGUCAGGAUAGUUUCAAUGAACCAAAACCCACACCAUUCCCGUGUCAGGAUAGUUUCAAUGAACCAAAACACACACCAUUCCAGUGUCAGGAUAGUUUUAAUGAACCAAGACCCACACCAUUCCAGUGUCAGGAUAGUUUCAAUGAACCAAAACCCACACCAUUCCCGUGUCAGGAUAGUUUCAAUGAACCAAAACCCACACCAUUCCCGUGUCAGGAUAGUUUCAAUGAACCAAAAUCCACACCAUUCCCGUGUCAGGAUAGUUUCAAUGAACCAAAACCCACACCAUUCCAGUGUCAGGAUAGUUUUAAUGAACCAAGGCCCACACCAUUCCAGUGUCAGGAUAGUUUCAAUGAACCUAGACCAACACCAUUCCCGUGUCAGGAUAGUUUCAAUCAACCAAAACCCACACCAUUCCCGUGUCAGGAUAGUUUUAAUGAACCAAGGCCCACACCUUUCAAAUAUCAUGAUAGUUUCAAUGAACCAGGGCCGACACCACCCCCGUCUUAG